AGCUUCGUCCCGAACCCUUCUCUUUGUUACUCCAUUGAGCCCAGCUUGUCACGCUAUAUUUGUUCUUAAACUCUGCAAGUCUGGACAAAAUGGGGAGUCUUAAAUUCAGUAGCUGCUUUCUAAUGCUGAUUUUCAGGUGACUAGGAAAAUUUAAAGCUGAUUCCUUUAAAACAGUAAGAUUUCAAGUUUCUUUUCAUCUGCUAUUAUUCAUGAAUAAUUCCCCGACUCAUCACUUCUCAACUUUGUUUGAUUCUGUUAAAGCAAAGUCCACUUCUUUAAAACCCUUAAUUGAAGUGAAUUCGAGGAGAAAGAAUUGGAACCCAAUUCCUAUUCCCUUCAGAACAAUACCUGAACCCAUAGGUCAAGACCUUGAUUUUGUGAAUGUUGCACACAGCCACCUCAUUCACUCUGAUUGGGAUAAGCUUAAUGCCUUAUCUACCCACUUGACCCCGUUUAGAGUUAAGCAUGUUUUGUUAAAGAUUCAAAAGGACCAUGUUCUUGCUCUUGAGUUCUUCAAUUGGGUUAAAACUCAAAACCCCACUUCACAUUCCCUAGAAACUCAUUCAAUGAUUCUCCAUAUUCUCACCAAAAACCAGAAAUUCAAACCCGCAGAGUCGGUUUUGAGGAGUCUUGUUGUGUCUGGUUCAUUGGAAUUUCCUGCUAAGUUGUUCAAUGCGAUACUGUAUUCUUAUCGAAUAUGUGAUUCUUCUCCUCGUGUGUUUGAUUUACUGUUUAAGACAUGUGCUCAUGUCAAGAGGUUUAGGAACGCCACAGAAGCUUUUUUCAGGAUGAAGGAUUAUGGGAUUUUGCCAACUAUUAAAUCUUGUAAUGCAUAUUUGAGUUCGUUGCUUGAUUUACACAGAGUGGAUAUUGCUUUUGGGUUCUACAGAGAAAUGCGGCGUUGCAGGCUUUCUCCCAAUGUGUACACUUUUAAUAUAAUAAUUCAUGCUUUUUGCAAGUCGGGAAAACUUGAGAAGGCUAUGGAGGUGUUUAGAGAAAUGGAAAACAUGGGUUCUAUCCCUACCAUUGCAUCUUACAAUACAUUGAUUGCAGGGUAUUGUAACAAGGGUCUUAUUAGUUCGGCCGUGAAGCUUAAAAACUCAAUGUCAAAGCAUGGAGUGUAUCCAAAUGUGGUUACAUUUAACACCCUUAUAAAUGGUUUUUGUAAGGAAGGGAAAUUACAUGAAGCAAACAAGGUUUUGAAUGAGAUGAAAGCCCUGAAUGUGGCUCCGACUACUGUAACAUACAAUACUUUGAUAAACGGGUACAGUCAAGUAGGUAGGAGUGAGAUGAGCAAUAGGCUUUAUGAGGGCAUGUUGAAGAAUGGAGUUAAGGCUGAUAUACUGACAUACAAUGCAUUGAUACUGGGAUUAUGCAAUGAGGGUAAGACAAAGAAAGCUGCCUAUCUGGUUAAAGAACUUGCUAAGCGUGACUUAGUUCCCAAUGCUUCAACAUUCUCUGGUCUUAUUCGCGGGCAGUGUGUUAGGACGGACUCUGACCGUGCAUUUCAGCUUUAUAAGACCAUGAUCAGGAGUGGUUUUCAUCCAAAUCAACACAUUUAUAAUUUGUUGAUUUCUACUUUUUGCAAGAAUGAGGAUUUUGACGGAGCAGUACAGGUCUUGAAUGAUAUGAUUUAUAGAUCAGUGGUUCCCGAGUCUGGUACUUUAUCUGAGCUGCACAAGGGACUUUGCCAAUGUGGUAAAAAUCAAUUGGCGAUGGCCCUAUGCAAAAAACUGGAAGUUAGACACCUGAUGCCAAAAGGUUUUGAUAAAUCCAAAAUUAUCAGUUCUCAACCAGAAAAUGACAACACAUUGUGAUAUGACUCGUAGAAUUCCAUGUGUUCUAGCUGCAGUGCUCUUCUGCUGUUAAGUUGACAUUGUGUAGUUUUAUUUGAGAGUAUACUUUAUGACAACUAUGUUCGGUCGAUGUGAAGGGAGUCCUAUUGUCUGUAACCAAAACAAUGGGAAGGUGCCUAUUGUUGACAAUUGAAACAA